AUGCCGAACCCACUGGAGGAAGAUUCCGCUGGUGCUCUCGUGGCUGCCAACAACGGUGCCCAGGAGAAGCAGCAGAAUGGCCUGACGACGUUGGGUGACAAGGGAAUUGAGAGGGAGAAACUGCCGCGUAUUCCAUCCACGAUGCAGAAGCAAAGGCACUGUAGUUUGAAUUUCUCGCAAAUGGGUUCAUCCCAAUAUCUUCAAGGAAAAUUAUCACAACUGUUCCUCACGAAUGGGGGCACUCACGGAGGAUUAUCCUCGACAUUAUCGAGAACCCAGUCCUCCAGCGAUGAAGCCGCAGCUGUUGUCAGCGACCAGAAGGAGGUCACAGUAAUAAGCUCAAAGGAGGUCCUGUGCUUGAGCGAAGUCUUUGGAGUGCCCCCGGCACGUGUACGGGAGGUGGCUGUUGCCUCGGAGGGUGAUCGCGAACUGAUGUUGGCCAUUCUUCAGAGUGAGUGGGAGGAUCGAGAACAGCGGGGCGAGCCACUGCUGCCUUCGGCCGAGCGAUCCCGAAGUGGGAGCAUUACCGAAGUUGGAGAUCGGCCAAAGCUGCAGUACGGCUCGAAGCACGCGGUGAGGCGGAUCAUGAAACUUCUGGACCUCUCCCCUUUGUGGGAGGGGGAGAUCAUUCAUGCACUCAACGCCACAAAGGGGGACGCACAGGGGGCGUUGUCUGUCCUUACAAUGAAGAUGGAGAUGGCAAACGGAGCACCAGCCCAGCGGCUGAUGGGCUGGGGUGAAAGUAUGUCUGAGCAGGAUAUGAUAAAGGUUCAGGACUACAUUAGCCUUCUGGAUAAAUCUCUGGAGACCACAAAGGCACAGGCACUGCAAACAGAGUUUGAAGGACGCACAAUAAAGGACAUUGAGGAUGCAUUAAGGCUCACAGACGGAGACUUGAACCAGGCUCGACUUUAUCUUCAGCAGGUGCCGGCACAAAAAGAGACCCGACGAAAUCUUGAGGCCCUCAUUGCAUCGCCCAAGAAAAGUUUUUUUAGAAAGAGGGAACGGCGACAAUUGAAACGUUACCCCUCCGUAGUCAGCAUUGCUUGCCCCGAUAAUGCCGUAUCUUUAUUCCCUCAUACUGCGCGCUCGAGGAGCCCUGAUGAGGGCGAUCGAGAAGCAACGUCUCCAUUCAGCAAAACGACAUAUGUUUUUCGCCCAACGGAUUUGGCGUUAUCGCACGUCGAAUUGCCUUCUCAUUUGAAACAGCAAAAUGCACAUGAGAAGGGUGAGACAACAAUGGAACUACAGCCUAAGAAAACGGAAUUACCCGAGAUUAUGCGGGAACCAGCAGAUUUAUGGAUGGGCAAGAUGCCAAGAGGUGGUAGCGUGUAUGCCUUGAACAACUUAGAUGAUGAGACAGACGAUGAGCCCUUGUCGCCACAGAGCGUUGCUGCCAUCAAAUCUGCAUUUAGUCCAAACAAACAGGGCAGAUCGUCCGAAAAUAGGUCCUCGACCUCUCGUGGGCUCAAAAUGCCUCCAUCACUACCAACAACUGGCAUAGAUGGCAUUUAUCCAGCGGCACCAUCCCUGCGAGGUACCGCAGCGAGCUCCGGGCUUCCUCCACCGCCACCGCCACCGCCACCGCCACCGGGCGCUGGAGCAAAGUCUGGACUUCCACCGCCACCGCCACCGCCACCGGGCGCUGGAGCAAAGUCUGGACUUCCACCGCCACCGCCACCGCCGCCGCCACCGGGCGCUGGAACAAAGUCUGGACUUCCACCGCCACCGCCACCGCCACCGGGCGCUGGAACAAAGUCUGGACUUCCACCGCCGCCGCCACCGCCACCGGGCGCUGGAACAAAGUCUGGACUUCCACCGCCACCGCCGCCGCCACCGCCCAAGGCGAAAUCAGGACCCGCACAACCUGGUCCUACGCGUAGUAUUCCCAUUGAUGUGGUAAAAAAUAUUUCGAAAGUGUCAGUAUUUAAAGCCAAAGAAUCUAUUGUACUUCCCGAGCUAUACCGCAGGGAAUUGGCUAAUGAGUUUAGGCGGGUGGAGAAGAAACCAAUGGAACGGGAACCGCUUGUGAUGAAGGAGGUUAUUAUUGAUCCAAAUCGUGAGCGGAAUGUGGGCAUUGUGCUUCAAUUUUUGCGGCUUCCCAUACAGACUAUUGAGGCACGUGUGCGUACAUUUGAUGAGCUGACUCUUGGUGAGGAGCACAUUUCAGGCCUUGUCAAGAUUAUUCCCCACGCCGAAGAUCUUCGGCCUAUUGAAGCAUGGAUGAGGCGCAAUCCAAAGGCGAGUGUUGCGCGACUUCAUCAACUGAGCAUACCUGUACGCUUCUUUAUGAUGACGAUGAAAAUUGGGCAUUACGCCGAGCGGUUGCAAUGUUGGAAUUUAAAGAACGAAUUCAAAGGGCGUAUUGAUGACCUUGAGGUGAAAAUUUGCCGCACGCUAGAGGGAGUGUCUGCUGUGAUGGAGUCCACGCAAUUGCCCCGCUUGUUACAGGUUGUUCUUGCAGUAAGCAAUUUUUUAAACACGGGUAGUCGAUUUCAGGAGGCGAAAGGAUUUCGUGUGACACAACUACCGCAAAUUAUCGAAUUUCCGACAACAAACAACAACCGGGUUCUUUUGGAUUAUUUGGUUGAGAUCAUCGACCAGCAGGACCCAGCCCUGCACAAUUGGACGGAGGAACUGUUGUCGGCGGCGGAAAACGCAUCAAACUUUGAUGUACCCGGAGUCGCUGGGGAGCUUAAAUCCGUUCGAGCUCGUCUGCAGAAGUGUGCGUCACUUGUGCGUGCGAUUCCGGAUGACAAGCCAUGGACAACGAAGCUUGGGAAGUUUAUCUACACCGCCUUUCCAGCGCUGGAUCAUGUCGAGCAGCUGAUGAGCGAGUUGAAUGCGAAAAUUGAGUUGAUGCCGGCUUAUUUCUGCGAAAAUUCCAGUUCUUUUUCUAUGAAUGACACGAUGCGGUGCCUGGCAAACUUUGCGAAGAAGUAUAACAGGAAGAGAGACCAGUUGGCAGCGAAACAGAUGCGACUAUCGAGGUUGGCGGCAAAAGAUGCAGAGAAUUCAGAGAAUGUCACGGAAGAUCCAAAUUCGAGGGUGAAUGUUAACGAGUCGCACAAGGUACAACAUUCAUUACAAGAACCCAAAAUAAAAGUGGAAAAAGAGCGAAGCAAGCCAUCUUCUCCAGCCCCAUAUGCCCUGAUGGCCAAGGGUGAUAGGAAGGGUACGGUGGGCAAUGGCCGCGGAGUAGGGAGGAGGACGGAGAGCCUUAACAAUGGGUCCUGCAGCAACUCCAGCAAUGGUGAAACUUUUUCUGAACCCCGUCUAUUACUCUUCCAGUAG